GUUCCGAUUAUUUAUAAUUUUAUUUAUCCCCGAUUGCCGUCGUCGACUUCGAGACAAGUUGCUUUCGUUGUUGUUUGUUGUUAUUGUUUUUGAUCACGAAUUAUAAUAUUAUUUUAAAGUCUUUUCCACUUCAUUUCUUCCGCCACUUUCGAACUCACGAAUUCUGCCGCCACGAUUCCAUUCUGAAAUACGUAUUUAUUUUUUUUUUUUCGUUAUUUUCGUAGAACAUUUCCGUAUCUGCUGACGGUAUGUUAUUUAUGUGGUAAUGUUGUUUCACUACAAAGGAAACUUUAAAUGCUUAGGUAGUUGAAUUGUUUUUAUCAUGCGCCCAAGGUGUUUCACGCUGCCAAUAGGUCGCCGAUGCGAUUAACAAGCUGGUUUGAAAACGAAUUUUACCUGUUCACGGUUUGUCGCAUGGAUAUCUGUUGAAAAAAAUAUAUUCGCCAGUUGACCUAGUUGAAAUAAUGAACAUCGGCAGAAGUAAUCCACAUGGCAACCGUCUAUUAUUCGCUGGCUUCAAUCAAGAUCAAGGAUGUUUCGCCUGUGGUAUGGAUAAAGGCUUUAGAGUGUACAACUGUGACCCUUUAAAAGAAAAAGUACGCCAAGACUUCCCAGAUGGCGGCCUUGCCUUUGUAGAAAUGUUAUUUCGUUGUAACUAUUUAGCUAUGGUUGGUGGAGGCACAUCACCAAAAUAUCCCACAAACAGAGUUGUUAUCUGGGAUGAUCUGAAAAAAGAUUCUGUGAUUACUUUGGAGUUCAACACGCAUGUGCUAUGUGUGCGGCUAAGAAGAGAUCGAAUAGUUGUUGUGCUUGAAGGUGUUAUCAAAGUAUACACGUUCACGCAGACUCCACAGCAGCUACAUGUGUUUGAAACUCAUGCCAAUCCAAAAGGUUUGUGUAUGUUAUGCCCCAAUAGCAACAAUUCAUUAUUAGCAUUCCCUGGAAGAAAAAUGGGACAUGUUCAAUUGGUAGAUUUAGCAGAUACAGAUAAACCUCCUCUGGAUAUUGCUGCACAUGAAACGCUUUUAGGGUGUAUAGCUCUUAAUUUACAGGGUACAAGACUGGCAACUGCUUCUGAAAGAGGGACUCUAAUAAGAGUAUUUGAUACAAAGUCUGGAAAUAUGUUAUAUGAAUUUCGAAGAGGAACUAAUACAGCUCAAAUUUAUUGUAUUAACUUCAACGCGGAUUCAACUAUGAUGUGUGUGGCUAGUGAUCAUGGAACCAUUCAUAUAUUUGCAUUAGAAGACCAAAGUUUAAAUAAACAAUCAAGUUUAGCUUCUAAUUUUUUACCAAAAUACUUUAGUUCUAGUUGGAGCUUUUGCAAAUUUCAAGUGCCUAAUGGACCACAGUGUGUUUGCGCAUUCGGAUCAGAAAAUAAUUGCAUCAUAGUAAUUUGUGCUGACGGAAAUUACUACAAGUUUGUUUUCAAUCAAAAGGGUGAAUGCUGGAGAGAUAUUUGUGCUCAAUUUCUAGAAAUAACCAAUGAUAAUAAUAUUAUUAGUUGAUGUUAAUUUUUGUUUUGAUCGUUUUAUUUUAUUCAACUAUUUUUACAUAUUCCAUAUCAUUUUAUUUAAAAAGU